AUGGCGCUCGAGUUGUACCGGCACCUGUCCCUGUACCGUUUCUUGGCUGUGUUUUGUGCGAUACGUUGGAAGCGAGUGGCCGCUAAAACUCCAUCACAUUUUUACGUAUCGAGUGGCCAUAUUGGAAACAACAUUUCAAUGGCCACUCCCCAAAGUAACGUGAACCCUGGUGUCGAUCAGAAUGGGUACAGAAAUAGUCUGGAAACAGAUUCGUGUGGAUACGACAGUAUCCCUGACGAAGUUACACCUUACGUGCAGUCGUACAGGUUUGAAGUACCGCAGUAUGAUCUUUGCAACAUUCCAUCUGAAACGGGGGCUCAGCGCAGGAAGAAACAUGACACAAAUUCCUUACGUGGCUACGCAAACAAGAUGGCGGCGGGCCAAGUCGUAAACAACACUACCACAGUCAAUGUCAAUCAGACAAAACAUUUCGAUGAUGAGAAAGGGUCUAGCGAAGAGUCAGAAGACGAAAGCAUCUAUGAAUCUGUACCCCCAAAAAUCCAUGCCUAUGUGAAGUCGUAUGCUUGCGAUACACCACAAUAUAAUCCUGGUAAUACGGAGGUUAAAAUCAGAGCAAUGGGUAGGAAGCAAAUCGACAAAAACGCCUCAGACAGUCACGUUCAAAACAUGGCUGCCGCCCAAUUUUCAACCAAUACUCCCAAACUCAAAGUUAAAAACAGCCAGAGAGACCAAUUUGAUGACCAGACAGAUUGUGGCAAGGAUCUGGAAACAGGUUACGAGUCCCACGUUUAUGAAACCAUACCCAAAAGAAUUGAAGCUUAUAGGAAGCCAUAUACGUUCGAUAUUCCCCCAAAUCACUCUGAUGAUACGGGGAUAGAACCCGAUUACGCUACCUGCUCAUAUGACACUGUACCAAAGCAAGCUGAAACUUACAGAAAGUCGUACACUUUCGAUGUACCCCAGUAUCAUCUUGGUGAUGUGGCAGAUGAUAUGAAAGCAAAACGCAGAAAGCAUCCUUGCAAAAACGCCCCAGGCAGUCACAUGCACAAAACAACUGCCGGGCAAUUUAGAGAAGACUUGGAGUCAGAUUACGCCUCAUGUACGUAUGAAACCGUGCCAAAAGAAGUCGAGGCUUACGGAAAGUCGUACACUUUUGAUGUACCCCAAUAUCACCUUGGUGACGAUUCAGUUGAUAUCAAAGCAAUUCGUAAGAUGCUUGACAGAAAUGCCUCACACACUAACGUGAACAAUAUGGCGACUGCCUCAGAUGUAAACAGUGUUAGUCAGAAUGACCAGAUUGGCAAUGAUGCAGUGACAGAUUCGGAUUAUUACCCAUAUGAAACUGUACCAUAA